AUGGGAACAAAGCCACUUUCUCCCCCUGUCCCUGAAGGUUACACUGCCAAAUGGGAUAGUCGCUCUAAAGAAUAUUAUUUUGUUCACGACGCAUCUGGAAGGUCAACAAGAACCUUGCCACUAACAGACAACCAAGAAUUCAAUCAAAAAUCCAGCUCCCCACAAACAAAAGAUCAGGAUUUUAAUUUCAUCGACAGUUUAGUCCAAAAUAAAGAAAAAAUAGCCAUUGGUGUUGGUGCAACUGCAAUUGGUGGCAUACUAUUAUCUCAAUUCUUGAAAAAUAAUGAUAAAGAUAAUAGAAAUAAAAAAGAUGAAAAAAAUAAAUAA